GCAUCGUGAGGCUGUGUUGUGUUAGGUCUUGUCACCAUGAGAAACUUUUGCAUUAUUCUACUAUUUCUCAUGAUAUUUGUAAAUGUUUGCAGCUCAAAAAUGAUAUAUCAAUUCAAUCGGUAUCAUUACAAGAAGAAACCAAGAUCGGAAAACCUUUUCAAGCGUGACACAAGGAUCUGUGAGAGUGAGUGCACAUCAUAUGUUGGCCGAGAGCGGUUAAAUUGCAUCCGGAAAUGCAUCUCAUCGGAAUGCUAUGAAGAGCUCUACAGUUGGGAUGAGUUAGAGGAAGGUGAGAUUGACAUAAGGGCAUCGUCUUUCAAAGGAUGCUGGAUGAAAAAGGUCAUCAAUCAACGCUAUGGCAAACACCACCGAACCAGUCACUGAUCGUCCGCAUGGAUAGGAUGGAGUGUAAAGAGAUGGAUUGGUGCUUCUGGUCAAUGAAGAAGUGUGCCAGGAGUCGGCUACGACUUGAUCAAGUUCCGUCUUGUCAAGUCUGCAAGGGACUGAAACCCGAUGGUGGAGGCGGUACGAAAGAGGAUGAAGAAGCGGGGGAAGUGGAGAGA